AUGGUUCCUCAUGAUGGAAUCCAAAAAUGUUCUUAUAAACAUCUUCAUUCUAUAAUCGUGCAAAAGACAAUGAGAUUAUCUGAAGAAUUAGAAUUAACGGAAAAUUCAGACGAAAUAAAUAUACAAUACGAUAAAGGGUUGAUAUCUUUGAUUAUGCAAACCCAGAAAAUUGAUCAUUUGAAUGAUAUUUACCCUGCAAGUACAGAUAUCUUUAUUGCGCAUAAAGUAUUCGGAAAUUUGCUUGGUUGGAUGCUAGUUCUUGAUCACUUUGAACUCGCGUCAUUUAAGGUCAAGUCACAACUUAUAUCAUGUCUUAAAGAACCAGAUAUAACGUCGAGUCUAUUUACGUAUAUAUUCGAUACGUUAGGAUUGUCUCGAUCUAAUAAGCCAUACGACUUGUUAAAUUGGGAUAUAUCUGAAUUUUAUAUCGAGGGGUUUGAAGUUCAGCAUAGUUUUGAUUUGGGGCUUCCUUUGCUUAGCGCACAUUUGUAUUAUCGUUCAUUAAAGCAUGUACCAUCAAUUGUUAGAAUAUGGUGGUCAGAAUGCAAAAAACGACAACUAAGUAUUGCUGUUGAUAGCUAUACUGAGAAAUAUUUCAGUCCAGUUAUAAUCCAAAAUCAACUUGAGAUGCUUCAAAGCGAAGAUGUCAAGUCGCAAUUAGAGGAUGAAAAAUUCUCAAUAAGAAUCGCUCGUAGUUCCAACGAAGUAAUCGCUUCAUUUAUGGUUGACGAAUACGUGAUGGAACUUAGUAUUAGAAUGUCAAAUAAUUUCCCAUUACGUCAAGCAGAAUUUAGUACCUUGGAAAGAAUGGGUACAAGAGAAGUUGCGGACCUUAAAUGGGCAAAAUUGCCUGUUCAAACCGUUGUAAAUUCCCAGAAUGGUAAUUUGGAGGUUGCGUUGAACUUAUUUAAAAAUAAUAUAAACCUUCGAUUUCGUGGAAUUGAAGAUUGUCCAAUUUGUUAUUCUGUUGUAAGUCUUGAUGAUAGGUCUCUGCCAACUAAACAAUGUAGUACUUGUAAGAAUAAGUUUCAUGCUGCUUGUCUUUACAAGUGGUUCCGAAGUUCAAAUUCAACAAGCUGUCCCUUAUGUAGAAGAUUAUUUUAA